UAGAGAGAGAAAGAAGGAGGAGAGAGAGAGGAACCUUCAGAGCGCACGGAGACUAGAGAGAGGAAGAGAGGAAGUAGUGAGAGAGUGAGAUCGGCCAUGGCUUCCCCCAAAGAGAGAGAGAACUACGUCUACACUGCGAAGCUCGCCGAGCAAGCUGAGCGUUACGAUGAAAUGGUGGAGGCGAUGACGAAAGUAGCGAAACUUGACGUGGAGCUCACUGUGGAGGAGCGGAAUCUGCUUUCGGUCGGGUACAAGAACGUGAUCGGAGCUCGCAGAGCUUCGUGGAGAAUUCUGUCGUCGAUUGAGCAGAAGGAGGAGGGGAAAGGGAACGAUCAGAAUGUGAGCCGUAUCAAGGAGUACAGGAAAAAGGUCGAGUCCGAGCUCUCUAGCAUUUGCAGCGACAUCAUGAGGGUUAUUGAUGAACAUCUCAUUCCGUCGUGCACUGCUUUUGAAUCCACUGUGUUUUUCUACAAAAUGAAAGGAGAUUAUUAUCGCUACUUGGCGGAGUUUAAGACUGGUGAUGACAGGAAAGAGGUUGCUGAUCAGUCAAUGAAAGCUUAUCAGGCAGCUUCUAGUAAAGCAGAAACUGAUUUACCCCCCACACAUCCCAUCAGACUGGGUUUGGCCUUGAACUUUUCUGUCUUUUAUUAUGAAAUCUUGAACUCUCCGGAAAGGGCAUGUCACCUUGCAAAGCAAGCUUUUGAUGAAGCUAUCUCAGAAUUGGACACUUUGAGUGAGGAAUCAUACAAAGACAGCACCUUGAUCAUGCAGCUCUUGAGGGACAACCUUACAUUGUGGACCUCUGACAUUCCGGAGGAUGGAGGCGACGAUAUACAGAAGGGGGAUGGCUCUGCUAAACCUGGAGGUGAAGAUGCAGAGUGAAUGGAAGCGGCCUAGGGCUGGCCAGGGCUUGUGUAAUUUUACGGAUGGAGAAAGUCGAUGCAAGGUCUCGCUUCUUUCUUAUGGUGUUUGUUUUUAAUUUUUCGCCAGUGAGAUUCUAGUUAAAUGUUGUUGUUCUGCUAGUAGCAUUUGCAACUCCGAAACGCCGAGUUCAUCACUGUGACUUAAUGUAAAAGCUUUCUUCUACACAUCCAAAUUUCAAUCCUCUGUUUGUUGAGAA